GGCACCAAUAUUGUAGACUUCGGUUGUUAUGGUGGACAAGACUCUUGCUUUGUCUUUUACUAUUUGUUAUUUCUGGAAUAUAUGUGAAAGCAUGCAGACAUAACACGGACCUUGACGGGGAGAUGUUUUGCCUGCGACUUCCACCGUGGCUUCAAGCGAGGACUCAGUUGUGCACUUUCCCUCUCCAGAGAGUUCACAAGUUUGCCUCGCUGCAAGAGGCCAGAGUUCGAGCCCCAAACAAAGUCCAACGCUUACUUUACCCAUUUACAGAUGUAGACGCUUACCUGGACAGCUCUGUGGAUAGGACACAGUUCCGUCUCUUUCAGCCCUGUGUUGAUGAUGUUCUAAAAGCAGAGAGACUCUUCUGCUCCUCACCAUCUCAUCACAUUGAUUAUUAUAUGUCAGCAGAGCGGAUGGACCACUCGCCUGCACUGAAACAACCAGAGGUAUGUUUCAUUGGACGAAGCAAUGUGGGAAAGUCAUCUCUUAUCAAAUCCCUAUUUUCCCUGAGUCCUAAUGUGGAAGUCAAAAUCUCCAAAACCCCUGGUCACACAAAAAAGAUGAACUUCUUUAGAGUAGGUAGGGCUUUCACCAUCGUGGACAUGCCAGGUUAUGGACAUAGAGCACCCAAAGAUUUUGUGGAUAUGGUUGAACCGUAUCUCUACUCAAGGAAAAGUCUUGUCAGGACGUUCUUGUUGGUGGAUGGCAGUGUUGGACUGCAAAAGACUGACCACAUCGCCCUUGAGAUGUGUGAGGAAACUAGAUGUCCAUAUGUGAUGGUGGUAACUAAGAUUGAUAAAUGUGGUCGUGGCUCACUGCUAACAAAUUUAUUGAAUUUCCAAGACGUGAUUAAAACACAGACCACGAGCUGUUUCCCCCAGCCAUUUUUGGUCAGUUCCCUCCAGUUUUCAGGGAUCUACCUCCUGAGAUGCUUCAUCGCUCAUAUAACAGGAAAUAUCCAGUUAACAGACACCUCUCAAAUCUGAUUAUACACUCGCUUUGUGUGAAAAGGUGGCCCUAGGUGUCAGAUGACAUACUUUUUAGGUUUUUCUUGAGCGCUUUCUUGAGGAAAGAAAAUCUUAUAAUAAAUGCACACAUUUGAAGACAUCCUCAGCUUGGUGUGUUUCAUAAUGAAAAUCUUGAAAGAAAACCGUUUUUGUCUGCUGUGGGGUUUAAACCCUCACAGCCCCAAAUCGUCGUUAUUGACUAAAUUGCAUGUCAUCAAUAUUUUCUGGAUAGUAUGUCAUGCAUUGAAUGCAGUCCUAUGGGGGGCACAAGCCAGUGCAAACUGGAGGCCGGUCCCAAGCCCGGAUAAAUGCAGAGGGUUGCGUCAGGAAGGGCAUCAAACUUUGCCAAAUAAAUAUGAGCGUUCAUCCAAAGAAUUCUAUACCGGAUCGGUCGUGGCCCGGGUUAACAACGUCCACUACUGUCGCCGUCAACGUGCAGGGCGCCGGUUGAAAUUAAUCUACUGUGGGUCGAAGUCGAAGAAGAAUAGGUGGAAAGCGGGUUCUUUGGCAGAAAGAGAAGAGGAAAGCACAGAGCCUAGAACUGAAUGUGGGGACUUUGAAUGUUGGGACUAUGACAGGAAAAUCUCGGGAUUUGGUUGACAUGAUGUUGAGGAGAAAAGAGAAUCAGAUCGAGUGAUGAGGCUGAAACUUGAAAUUGAGGGUGUUAUGUAUAAUGUGAUUAGUGGCUAUGCCCCACAGGUAGGAUGUGACCUAGAGGUGAACGAGAAAUUCUGGCAGGAGCUAGACGAAGUAGUUCUUAGCAUCUCAGACAGAGAGAGAGAGUCGUGAUUGGUGAAAAUUGCAAUGGACAUGUUGGUGAAGGAAACAGGGAUGAUGAAGAAGUGAUGAGUAAGUACGGCAUCCAGGAAAGGAACUUGGAGGGACAGAUGGUGGUAGACUUCUCAACAAGGAUGCAAAUGGCUGUAGUGAAAAAUUUUUUCCAGAAGAGGCACGAACAUAGGGUGACCUACAAAAGCGGAGGUUGAAGCACGCAGGUGGAUUACAUUUUGUGCAGACGAUAUAAUCUGAAGGGGGUUACCAACUCUAAAGUCGUGGAAGGGGAGAGUGUGGCUAGACAGCAUAGGAUGGUGGUGUGUAAGAUGACUGGUGGUGGGGAGGAAGAUUAGGAAGACAAAGGCAGAGCAGAGAACAAUGUGGUGGAAUCUGAGGCAGGACGAGUGUUGUGCAGCUUUUCGGGAAGAGGUGAGACAGGCUCUCGGUGGACGGGAGGAGCUUCCAGAAGCCUGGAACACUGCAGCCGAGGUGAUCAGAGAGGCAGGCAGGAGAAUACUUGGUGUAUCUUCUGGUAGGAAAGGAGAGAAGGAGACUUGGUGGUGGAACCUCACAGUACAGGAAAUCAUACAAGGAAAAAGGUUAGCUAAGAAGAAGUGGGACACUGAGAGGGACGAGUGUUGUGCAGCACCGAGGAGAAGCGAAAGGAAUACAUUGCGAUGCGACACAGGGCAAAGGUGUCGCGAUGCGACACAGGGCAAAGGUAGAGGUGGCAAAGGCCAAACAAGAGGCAUAUGAUGACAUAUAUGCCAGGUUGGACACUAAAGAAGGAGAAUAAGCUCUAUACAGGUUGGCCAGACAGAGGGAUAGAGAUGGGAAGGAUGUGCAGCAGGUUAGGGUGAUUAAGGAUAGAGGUGGAAAUAUGUUGACUGGUGCCAGUAGUGUGCUAGAUAGAUGGAAAGAAUACUUCGAGGAGUUGAAUGAGGACAAUGAGAGAGAAGGGAGAGUAGAAGAGGCAAGUGUGGUGGACCAGGAAGUGGCAAUGAUUAGUAAAGGGGAAGUUAGAAAGGCAUUAAAGAGGAUGAAAAAUGGAAAGGCAGUUGGUCCUGAUGACAUUCCUGUGGAGGUAUGGAAGCAUCUAGGAGAGGUGGCUGUGGAGUUUUUGACCAGCUUGUUCAAUAGAAUUCUAGCGCGUGAGAAGAUGCCUGAGGAAUGGAGAAAAAGUGUGCCCAUUUUUAAGAACAAGGGUGAUGUGCAGAGCUGUGGGAACUGCUGUGUCUUUGUAGAUCUAGAGAAAACCUACCCAGUACCCAGAGAGGAACUGUGGUACUGCAUGCGGAAGUCUGGCGUGGCAGGGAAGUAUGUUAGAAUAAUACAGGACAUAAUACAGCAC